UGCAACUAAACGCAGGGAGACGGGGAAACACCAAUCUGAGCAUAUAAAAGAUCAGUGAACACACUCAUUCAUUCACAUCAUCAACAAGCAUCAAGAAGAAAAUCAUUACCAGACUCUUCAGAGCAUCGAGUGUGUUCAAGAGCAAGAGGAAAAUGAAGUCUGCUGCAGUUUUUGUUGUGUUUGCCUGUCUACUUAUUGUUCAUGUACAAGGACAGGCCAGGACCAGCGUAAGGAGGUGUUUGUGCCAGGGAUCUGCAGCUAAUGCAGUUCGUCUACAACGUAUUGACAAGAUUGAAGUUUAUCCUGUUAGUGCAUCUUGUGAAAAUGUGGAAAUCAUUGUCACUCUGAAGAACGGUGCAGGAAAAAAAUGCCUGAAUCCAAAAUCUGAAUUUACUCAGAAAUACAUCAUGGCAGCUUUAGAAAAAAAGAGGUCAGAGUAAAGCGUGCACCGUGUCAUUACUGAACAGAAGUGGAAGAAGAGUGCACAGAGACAGCUUGCUUAAAAUAUUUAAAAUAUUGGUUUCAUUUCAAUAAUGUAAAAAGUGUAUAUAUAAUAAGUCUGAUGUGUAAUUUAUUAGGUACGUCUGUAUAUGACACAAUGUACAUAGUUUUUGAAGAAACCUGCAAGAUUUUUUAAAAAUAUAUUCCUUUUGUAUGUUAACAUACUAAAUUAUAAUAAAGUCAGCAC